CUUCCUUCCCCUUCGUCUCUCUCUCUCCCUGCAAAAAAAAGCUCUCGUUCACAUUGGACGCACCCGACCCAAAAUUCCACACUUCUCUCCUCCUUUUUGUCCCCUUCUCUCUCUCUCUCUCUCUCUCUCUCUCUCUCAAGCAAUUCGAUUCCGCCUGCGCGCAGAAUCGUCAUUCGAAAGCCCCUCGAUCUUCUCUUUCUACGAUUUCGUAUUUGAUUGGGGGCUGUCCUAUCUUCCUCUUCCUUCUUCUUCUUCUUCUUCUUCUUCUUCUUCUCCUGGGGGGCUCUAGGGUUAGGGUUUUUGUCAUCUCGAUCGAUCGAUCGAUCGAUCGGUGGUGGUGCUGGUGGUGGUGCUGCGGCGGGCGGAGCGAGCGAGGGGAAAAUGGGAUCGGAGGGCGAUUCGAGCGACGCCAGGGUCGGCGGCGGCGAGGAAGGGGUGGUCGUCAACAUACGGUGCUCCAACGGCUCCAAGUUCACGGUCAAGACCGCCCUCGACGCCACCGUCGGGGCCUUCAAGGGGGUCCUCGCCCAGAGCUGCGACGUGCCGGCCGAUCAGCAGCGGUUGAUCUACAAAGGUCGCAUUUUGAAGGACGAUCAGACCCUCGAGAGUUAUGGUUUGCAAGCUGAUCACACAGUUCAUAUGGUCCGCGGUUUGCCACCAGCAACACCUCCUCCCCCUGCUACUCCUGGUGGUGGAAUUUCCGAUGCUGCACCAGGUGUCACUCGAGGUGUUGGUUCCAAUGAAGGUGGGGGAGCAGGUCUUGGGGCAUCUUUGUUCCCUGGGCUUGGUCUAAAUCCCUUGGGUGGCGGUGGGGCCUCUGGAUUAUUUGGAGCUGGGCUUCCAGAGUUGGAACAAGUACAGCAACAGCUUACUCAGAAUCCCAACAUCAUGAGGGAAAUAAUGAAUAUGCCUGCCAUUCAAAACCUGAUGAACAAUCCUGAGCUGAUGCGCAGUUUGAUGAUGAGCAAUCCUCAAAUGCGUGAGAUAAUUGAUAGAAACCCUGAGCUGGCACAUAUACUUAAUGAUCCUAGUAUUCUGCGGCAGACAUUAGAGGCUGCAAGGAAUCCAGAGCUCAUGCGUGAGAUGAUGCGAAAUACGGACAGAGCUAUGAGUAACAUUGAAGCUUCUCCUGAGGGGUUUAACAUGUUGCGGCGCAUGUAUGAAAAUGUACAAGAACCUUUUCUCAAUGCCACAACAAUGGGAGGAAAUAAUGGAAAUGAUUUGGGUGCAAACCCAUUUGCGGCUCUUUUAGGAGGCAGAGGUGGUGCACAGGGUAGGGAUGGGACUAACAAUCCUUCAAGCACCGGCUCCGAAACGGGGCAGGGGCCUACUGCCCCAAAUACAAAUCCACUACCUAAUCCUUGGAGUAAUGCUAGCGGGCCCACACAGACAAAUACUACAGCGAGGUCAACCCCUGUUGGGGAAACAAGAGCACCUGGGGUUGCAGGUUUGGGAGGGCUUGGUAUCACAGGGAUGGAUCAAAUGUUCACCGGCAUGAUGCAAAAUCCAGCUAUAUCCCAGAUGAUGCAGAACCUAAUUUCGGAUCCUCAGUACAUAAAUCAGAUUAUCAAUGUCAACCCUCAGCUGCGAACUAUGGUCGAUGCAAAUCCCCAAGUGAGAGAAAUGAUGCAAAAUCCUGAACUUAUGCGUCAGUUAACUUCCCCCGAGACAUUGCAGCAAAUGCUAGCAUUGCAGCAGUCACUUUUUGCUCAACUAAAUCGGUCACAAACAACCCAGGAACCGGGUCAGACAGGGGGGACCGCAGGAACAAUGAAUAACACAGGGCUGGAGUUAUUGAUGAAUAUGUUUGGUGGUCUUGGAGCUGGCGGGUUUACAGUACCAAACACACCAGAUGUGCCUCCGGAGGAACUUUAUGCAACUCAGUUGUCACAACUUCAAGAAAUGGGUUUCUACAACACGCAGGAGAACAUCAGUGCGCUGCGUGCUACUUCUGGGAAUGUUCAUGCUGCUGUUGAGCGUCUUUUGGGGAAUCCUGGUCAGUGAGGCAUUUGAGGCUCCUUUUUUUUCCUUAAAUCGGGGAGAAUUCAUGGUUGUGUAGGAUUAUUCGGUUUGGAUUAUACUGUACAAUGGGACCAUGCAGAAGAAGGAAUACACCCCAUUUUGGACCAGCGAAUAAGAAUUGUGGAAAAAAUAGGUUCUUAAUGUCGACUAGCCUGUCGCUCGUCCCUGCCGUGUCUCUCUUCCUCUUAUUGGGUUAUUUGUACAUACGGCAAUUACAGCACUCGUCUUGUUUA